AUGUUUAGAGACACCAUUGAUUUUGUCAAACAGUCUGCCGCUUUGUGCCUUUUGAAGCUUUUCCGCACUGCUCCUGACAUCAUACAGCCUGGCGAAUACGCGAGCAGAAUAGUUCACCUACUCAACGAUUCUCAUAUGGGAGUUGUCACGUCGGCAGCGUCCCUAAUUGAAUCUCUAUCCAAGAAGUGGCCUGAUGAAUACAAAGGCUGUGUUCCUUUGGCAAUCUCCCGUCUGAGUAGGAUUGUUACCGCCACGUACACUGAUCUACAGGACUAUACCUAUUACUUUGUCCCAGCGCCUUGGCUAUGUGUCAAACUUCUUCGUUUGCUUCAAAAUUAUCCUCCACCAGAAGACCCGUCGAACAAAGCUCGUUUGCUGGAGUGCCUGGAAGGUGUACUGAACAAGGCACAAGAUGCUCCGAAAUCGAAAAAGGUUCAACAUUCCAAUGCCAAAAAUGCAGUGCUGUUUGAAGCAAUUGCUUUGAUAAUUCACAUGGACAGCGAAGCAAAUCUCCUUGUUCGCGCAUGCAACCAGUUAGGAACAUUCCUUGCUCAUCGAGAAACAAAUCUUCGGUGA